GUAACAACAGCCUGAACAGCAGAGAGCAGUUUGUUUUUCAAAACUGCAGCAGCCAAGACUCAACAGCUUUCUGACCAAGACUGAACACACAGAAAUCAACAGCUUUCUGACUCAGUUUGAGGUGAGCACUUGUGAGGAAGAGUGAGAUACGAAGUCAAAGGCACAAACUCCAUUUUCAGACAUGAACAAAGACGUUGCUGAUAUUCAGGGCCAGUACAAACAGGAUGGGUAUCUGACUGCCCUUCCUAUCCUGAGCCCAGAGGAGCUGCAGCAGGCCCGCGAUGCCUUUGCUGAGCUGGAGAGAAAACAUGGCGAAAGUUACACUGCUUACAGUCUUCAUAACAUCCACAAGGAGUUUGACUGGGUGAUGGCCCUGGCAAUGCACCCAAGGCUUCUUGAGGUGGUCACAGGAGUUCUGGGGCCUGAUGUCAUCCUGCUCGACUCCAGAUUCAUUUGUAAAUAUCCAGUGCAUAGCAAACAUGCUGAAAAGCAAGCAAGCAAUGGGAUCAUCCAAUUGAGCAAUACCUGUAAUAAGGCAACGGAUUCAAACGAAAAGGAAGAAGUGCCGUUUGUAGCCUGGCACCAGGACAUGAAGUACUGGGGUUUUGAUGGAGGUCCCGUUUUGUCAGUCUGGCUUGCCCUUGAUGACUCACUUGAGGAUAAUGGAGCACUCCAGGUUAUUCCAGGAAGUCACCAGUAUGGUCUUUUACCCCAUCACCAAUCAAAACGAGCUGGUAACAUGUUGAGUGUCAAUCAAGAGAUCCCAGAGGAGCUAGUGCAGACAGAAAAGGCCAUCUUAUGCCCCCUGAUAGCUGGCCAGAUGUCGGUCCAUGAUGGACUUUUGGUUCAUGCUAGUGAUCCCAACACAUCUAAUAGGAGGCGUUGUGGCUACGUGAUCCGAUAUGUUCCUACAUGUACUUAUCCAAUACAGGAUCCUAAGCGCCCCAGGACGUUUCCUGAUACAGUGCUGGUUAGUGGUUUUGACAAAUACAACCACUUCUCCAAGAAAACCUCCAAACUGUGACUGGCUUAUGCUGAGCUCAUUAAGACAGACUGUUUGCAGUAAUUAAACUCUAACAUUGUUUAUUCUCUUAAAUAGACCUAGAAAAGUAGCCUAGUUUAACCAUUUGUUUAAUAUUAUUAACAUCAAUUAUUAUUAUUAAUCUUGACAACCCAUGUAUACUUUCAAAGUGAUUAUAUACAAUAUACUGUACACAUUUUUCAUUGUUACUACACUAGAAGUAUUUAAAAUGUAUUUAUCUUUCAGGCUUUAAAGAAACCCUGUUUUAUAAUAUUUGAAUCUGUAUAUUUAAUAAUGUAUCUCUGUAUUAUUUGUUCUUCUGUAUUGUCACAAUCUGAACAUAGAAUACCAAAUAAAUUGCUCAAAGUGACCUCUGGA